GCUUCAUAUUUCUCUCUCAAUAUUCUUCCUCAUUUCUCAGCCGUCUAGUCGUUCCCAGUUCCCAUGGGUCGUGUGAUCCGAGCUCAACGUAAGGGUGCUGGGUCUGUGUUCAAGUCCCACACCCACCACCGCAAGGGACCAGCGAGGUUCCGCAGUCUCGACUUUGGUGAGCGCAAUGGGUACCUGAAGGGCGUGGUCACUGAGAUCAUUCACGACCCUGGUCGCGGUGCACCGCUCGCCCGGAUCACUUUCCGCCACCCCUUCCGUUACAAGAAGCAGAACGAGCUGUUCGUGGCUGCCGAGGGCAUGUACACUGGUCAGUUCGUGUAUUGUGGGAAAAAGGCUACUCUUGUUGUUGGCAAUGUGUUGCCUCUCAGAUCUAUUCCUGAAGGAGCUGUGGUUUGCAACGUGGAGCACCAUGUGGGUGACCGUGGUGUCUUCGCUAGGUGUUCUGGUGAUUACGCCAUUGUCAUUAGCCACAACCCUGAUAACGACACUAGCAGGGUCAAACUCCCAUCUGGUGCUAAGAAGAUUGUUCCAAGUGGCUGCCGAGCUAUGAUUGGGCAGGUUGCCGGUGGAGGGAGAACUGAGAAGCCUCUUCUCAAGGCUGGUAAUGCUUACCACAAGUUCAGAGUGAAGAGAAAUUGCUGGCCCAAGGUACGUGGUGUGGCUAUGAACCCAGUUGAGCAUCCUCAUGGAGGAGGUAACCACCAGCAUAUUGGGCAUGCAAGUACUGUUAGGCGUGAUGCACCUCCUGGUCAAAAGGUUGGUCUCAUUGCUGCAAGGAGGACUGGUCGGCUCAGAGGACAAGCGGCUGCAACUGCUUCUAAAGCUGACAAGGGUUCUUGAAAAUUUUAGGCUGAUAAGAGUGCUUAAAAGAGUGUUAUACUUUAGAUCUGCCGCGUAUCUUGAUUAUCAUCUAAGACUAGUUGUUGAACCUUAUUGUCAAAAUUUUGGUUGGAAUGUCGUUAUGUUUUAUUUUUAUUACUAUUGGUUUAUGCACUUUUUGAAAUUAUUCCAAUUUAGUUGUUCCUAUUUCUGCUUAA